CGGCCUCCUAACUGUCACAUUGUGAUCAAGGAAAAUCUCAUAGAAAAAAAGGCCAACUUGGAUAGCACGACUACUCCUAUCACCACUGUGCGAGCCCCUAGUCUCUUGGACCCGACUAAUUUGAACGUUGGAGUUUCGGCGACGCCUGCGCGCUCCUCUCCUUCUUCGUCCGCUCUCCUAGGAGUCAGAGUAGAGUCGCUCGUCCUUCACUACUCAUACUCCCUGGCCUUGGACUACCCAAUAUUCUACAACAUUAUCGAUAGGAGACGGCACUCGCAAAUUCACAAUACGCGACUUCACCCCCAUCUGUGCAGCACCGCCAAGGAAGUCUCUUCUCAGAUUCUGGCGCUACGCUCACAUCCUCCUGCUCCUCUCACAUCGUCCGUCUCGCUACCCGACACAAUCCUCGCUUCCAAUAUACAGAGAUACCCCUCUCCGACACAGUCCACAAAUUCUCGGCACUCUGCAGGUCAGAACCAUAAUGCUAAUUCAACGCCUUUACGAGUAGUCGCCCCAUUUGUGUACAACGCACCACCAGCAGCCUAUGAAUCCACAUCCUCACUCGCUAGCGACGAGAUAAGAGACUCGGAAAAAAGCAGCUCGUUGCGUAUCAAGCGGUCCAUUACCAAGCUCCUAUCCAGCAAGGAGGAGGCUCCAUCGAAUCCAUACCCCAAGUCGACCCCUCGUGAUUCAGGCAAAAAGAAGGGUAAAGAGAAUGGUGAUGCACAAAGACCUAGAAAGGGGUCCUUCUUUGGCAGCAGCAGCUCAUUCUUUGAGGAACCAACUACCAAGUCGUCGUCCAGGCCCCCGUCGAUAGCCUCCACCAGUAGUGGGGCGAAGAAACUGGUCAACUGGAUCGGUCAGAGUGGAGUUACCAGAAAAUUUCAAGAUGUCCUUAGCCGCAGUGGAUCUUCGUCACACCCAUCCGUAUCUUCAAGUGCCAAGGCCCGGAAAUCAGGCGAAUACGGGGAUGAGGAGCGUGACGAUGCAUCUUCAAUAUCUUCAACUACGUCUUUCGUUCAAAAUGCACCAGAGGACGAUUUUACGCGCAUAUUCCCUGAGCCAGAGCCCGUACCGGCGAUGCCUUUACCCAACCUCCAGCCUCCAUAUCAAAUACCAACCGCUGUCUACCUACCACGCUCACAUACAAACCUCCAUGCUUUAACGCUCGCCUCGCUCGCUUUCCCACCUUCUCCGCAUCCGCUACUCUAUAAUCCGAGUAUGCCAGCAUUCCCCCGAUCGUCCAACCCCUCAUCCAAAUUGCCUCGGUUGCCCACUUUCCGUGCCCAUCUCGCCAAAACGCGGAUAUUAGAUCGUUUAGAGGCCCAAGAUCUGACACCGUCAGAGAACGAGUCUAUCAUCCCUUUUGGUAGGCGGGACGACCCUUCGCAAAAAGAGCCCAAUACCAGCAAUUCAACAAGCGAAGGCGAAGGCGAAGAGGGCAAGCGGACGAUAAAUGACAACCCAGGAAGUAGUGUGGGUCUCGAAGCAUGGACCCGUCGUCUACCAUUCUCAGAACGAAUUCGGGUCUGGAAAAAUGACACUUCAUAUAAUGGGUUCGGCAAUAGCGGAGAUGAUCUCAAAUAUGAGCCAUUGACACCUAGCAGGCCUUUCCGGACAGAGCUCCAGAUUUCAGGUGGAAUCAAGGCGCUAGCCGGUUUGGUGGCUGCGAGACCAUUGUCCAUUGAUAGAGAAUUACCUCAAUUACCACCGCCCGAGCCGGUCGUUCUACCAGAGGCACCUCCGACAUUGACGCUAGGCCCAAUUAGCCCACUGAGCCAAGAGGCUCUCGUGAUAGAGGAAUCGAUGUUAAUGGAGAGUAAUCAAACACCUCCACCAUUUACCCCGAACACAGUCAUCGUUCCCUUACCAGCCGUUCCGGUGGCGCUCACAUCGCCUCGUCCGCUGCCGGUACCGCCCUCUCGAGCGGGUGUAGAAUCAGUGGCGCAGCAAAAAGACUGGGAGGACGACGAAGACAAUUUUUCUUUGGUCAUCCCAGUGCGACCCUUGCCACCACGUCCCUUGCCUAUUCCUCCAUCUGCAUCGUCGUCUCAGGCCUCGUUAGAUCAAAUUCUCGUUGUCGAUACCCCUGCGUUUACAGCUCCCACGCAAAAUACAGUCCACCUCUCUUCUUCUGGACACGACCACUCACAAUCUGGAUUAUUGUCGUCUUCCUCGAUGACGUCUGCACCACAAACACCUAUGGAUUUGUUGGAGACGGAGAGCAUCCGAAGACGGUCGAUCGGUUCCAUAAGUGUAGUCAUAUCCAAUCCAGGCACCGUCUCACUAGAAGAAAUGGACGGCUUAGAAGCCACCAAUCCGAUGGACAUUGAUACCAGGAGAAGGAGUACAGCUACUCUCAGGAUGAGUAUCGCGCAAAAACGAAUGUCGAUGGCAUCUCGCAAGUCACAUGUAUCCCCAAUGUCAUCUCCUUCCUUACGAAAUCAUCCGCUACCGCCAUUGACAGAAUCCUUUUACUCUCAUUCUCGGGUAUCCUCACAGCGCACCCCUAUGGACUCGGCGGGAGGAUCUAUGGAAAAGCUGUCCCAUCAAAAGGGCACCAGCACUAGCUCAACCUCAUUUGAGCCGCCAUUGGAGUCUCUUGAUCAACACAACAGCAGGUCUUCGAGCCCUGCCAUUAUCGAGUCGGUCAACGCUAUGAUCAAUGAACCCAAGGCAGAAGAUCAAAAGUCGUUAGAGCCGUCGCGUAUAUCGGAAGAGCACGUCGAUCCAUUCUUCUACCCUGCCAAUGCCCCGGAACCCCCUCAGCAAAAGCUUGUCAUCAAUGGCACAUCCUCACCAAUCUUGUCCCCUGCGGAAACAGAGAGACUCUUUUCUUCGAGCUCCGAGAUGCCAAUGCUGACGCUGUCG